UCGAGCAAAGCCAAGGAGAAGAAGCAAAAGCGCCUGGAGGAGCGAGCAGCCAUGGACGCCGUCUGCGCCAAGGUGGAAGCCGCCAACAAACUCGAAGAUCCCCUCGAAGCUUUCCCGGUUUUCAAGAAAUACGACCGGAACGGUUUGAACGUCGCCAUCGAGUGCAAGCGCGUCUCCGGGCUGGAGCCUGCCACCCUCGAGUGGGCCUUUGAGCUGACCAAAGCCAACAUGCAGACGCUAUACGAGCAGAGCGAGUGGGGCUGGAAGGAACGGGAGAAGCGAGAGGAACUACGGGACGACCGGGCCUGGUACCUGAUCGCCCGCGAACCCGGUGCCGGCCCCGUCGCCUUCUCCCACUUCCGCUUUGACGUCGAAUGCGGCGACGAAGUUCUCUACUGCUACGAGGUGCAGCUGGAGAGCAGAGUCCGACGGCGAGGGCUGGGCAAGUUCCUCCUACAGAUCCUCCAGCUGGUGGCCAACAGCACGCAGAUGAAGAAGGUGAUGCGGACCGUUUUUAAACACAACCACGGCGCCUACCAGUUCUUCCGAGAAGCGCUCCAGUAA